CCAAUCCCGAGCAGCAGGAGUAGGAACUUGUUGUGAAUUGAGGCGCGACAUCAGUGGUAUGGAUGUGGUUCGGGUUUACAAAGGCUGACAAAGAGCAGAAAAAUGUGAUUUGCAAACUGUGUCACGUGAAUGUAACCGUUAGCCACGGUAGCAUGAGUAACUUGUUUUAUCAUCUAAAGGUGAAGCAUGUCAAAGAAUACAAUGAAAGCCAACAGAUGUGCUCCACGUCAGGUGUUCCGUCAACCUCUGGUGCUAAAAGCAAAAAACAAUCUCAAACUAGUUUGGCCGAAUCAUUUACCAGAGGCACUCCAUAUGACAAAACCUCACGCAGAUGGAAAGAAAUAACGCAAGCCAUUACAAUGCAUAUCUGUAAAGACAUGUCACCAGUUUACACAGUGGAAAAGAAUGGAUUUCGUGAUCUGAUCAAAACGCUUGAUCCGAGAUAUGUAAUGCCGAGCUGCAAGCACUUUAGUGAAGCAGAGUUGCCGCGGUUGUAUGGAGAAUGCAGACAGAAAAUUGAAGCGGAGCUUCGCGAUGCUUUAUACUUCUCAACAACAACUGAUUUGUGGACAAGCCGAACUACACAGCCAUAUAUGAGCUUAACAAUCCACUUCAUCAAAGACUGGACAUUGUGCAGUAGAUGUCUGCAGACUUCCUAUUUUCCCGAGUAUCACACGGGAGAGAUGAUAGCUCAAAGCUUAAAGGAAGCGCUUCAGUCAUGGGAAUUGCGAGAGGAUCAUCAAGUCUGUGUCACAACUGAUAAUGCAAUAAACAACAUCAAAGCACUGCAACUAAAUGACUGGACGCGGUUACAGUGUUUUGCUCAUCGUCUUCAUUUAGCCAUUGAGAGAGGUGUAAAAGUGACUCAAGUUGACCGCGCAAUUGGGGUGUGCAAGAAAAUUGUGAGUGCCUUCUCAAACACUUGGAAAAGACAGCGUGAACUGGCCAUAGCUCAGGUGCAGCUAGGCUUGUCUGCUCACAAGCUUAUCACUGAGAGUCCAACAAGAUGGGGAUCCAGGCAACAAAUGAUCGAAAGGGUCAUUGAGCAGGAAAAAGUAAUCCUGCAAGCUGACAAAAAGACCAGACAUUUGGCUCUGACAUGGCAGGACAUGGACGUUCUUGAAUCUGUUCUUAAGCCACAGGAUGAUGACACACAGCUCACCAGGGACAUUAAGGUGAACAUUCUUGACUAUUUGAAUGAAAAAUAUGCAGAUGAAUCCACCCAGGAGCUGCUUGACAUGGCUUCCCUUCUCGACCCUCGCUUCAAAACCACAUACAUAAAUGCAGAACGAGUGGACUACAUGAAGACCAGAGCUGCAGCAGAGAUGGAGAGCCUUGCAGCUGAUCCAAAAAGGCCUGUCGAGGGAGUCUCAGUGCCACUAGCUGAAGAUGCUGGAGAAAAUUCAGAAUGUCCUGCUAAAAAACAGAAGAAAAGUUUGGGAAGCUUCUUCAAAAUUGCUUCACGCCAACGGCAAGCUGUCCCCCAGUCAGAAAGGGAGUCCAUUGAAAUGGAACUUAACAGCUAUUUACAGGCAGUUGAAGUGGAUGUGCAGCAAUCUCAGACACAAUUCAGCUUUUUAGCCUCACACCUCCCACUUGAACUACUGGUUCUUGAACCCAAGAAUCAAGACGACUAA